CUGUGUUCGUCGUUCCCCGGGCGUCCCCAGUGUCUACGUUUUGCGCUUCGUCGUCCCUUCGUAAGGUUGAUUUCGCAUUUGCCCAUGGUGGCGUGAACACUCCCCCUCAAGCAGGCUCCACACCUUGAGCCUCGUCUGCAAUUUGACAGGUUGUUUACAACCGACUGCCGUGCAUGCUAGAUUAUCGAAUAUUGACUGAAAAAAAAAUAUUCAGCAAUCCACAGGACUCGAUAAAUUUUCAAUUGAAGUAUACAUUUGAAAAUUUACAAAGUUAUCACGUGACGAGGAGUUUUUUUUCGGACUCUCGUUUCUGACACAUGUGAAUUGUUCGUCGAUUUUAAAUUACGUGAGGGUGAAUGAUUAAUUACUGUGCGGUGUCUGCUUCAUGAAAUUGAAUAAUUAAUUAUUACUAUUACUGCAUUUUUCCAUUGAAGUGUCGGGUUUUCAAUAAAUAUUCAAAAAUUAAAUCGAUAAUCAUGCAGUUCAUAGUCGGUAGUCGUAAAAACUGAUAAAUAUACAUACAUUCUCUUUAAACACCUGAGAAAGUGCGUCACCGGUCGCCGGCUGGCACUAUGCGCUCCUCACGAGAUUCAGCUCCGAAACCAACGUGGUUGACGACAUCGAACAUCAUCGUCGUCUUACUGAUCUCCGUCUCUACCGCUGCGGGAAGCAACGUAAACGAACCACCCGUCCUAGAAACCGGCGGAUAUCCGACUGGCCUUCCUCUCUACGAAGGGACGCCGGUGGGGUCCACGGUCUUCACACUGAAGGGGCACGACCCUGAAAACUCACCGGUCAAAUACGGAAUUCAACUGACCGACAAAUUUGCCGUUGAUCCAAAAACCGGAACCAUCACACUUGCGAAACCGCUCGAUCGCGAGGAAAAUGACACCGUACGCUUCAGAGUUACUCUGGAAGAUGAAGUACCUGAGGGACAACAACCCAACAUCGUUGGCGUCGACGCCUACGUAAUCGUUCUCGACGAGAACGACAAUCCUCCUCGUUUCCUCGGAGUUCCUUACGAAGCUGUGGCUGCUGAGGACACACCUCCGGGUUCUACUAUACUCCCUGGUAUCAGAAUCACCGACCCAGACUUGAUAGGGGAGAACAUCGAGCUAUCUUGCAUACCUCAGCCGCAGUUUCCCGAUGCCUGCGAAAAAUUCGGCAUCGUUGACGUUGAAAAAAGCGAAAACACCUACGUUGGUGCGUUGGUCUUACAACAGCCUCUGGAUUACAGGGAAAGACCAUUCUAUCAGCUGCUCCUGAUGGCCAGUGAUGGGAAAAAUAACAGUACGACAGGAGUGGAGAUAAAAGUAGCAGACAUUCAGAACAGCCCUCCCGAGUUCCUCGAUUCACUGACCGGAAUCGUACAAGAAGAUGACCCUAUAGGAACUCUCGUAAUGACCGUUAAAGCGAGGGACGGUGAUCGCGGAAUGCCACGGAAGGUCAUCUACGAAUUGGUUACCAAUCCUUUAGAUUAUUUUUUGCUGGAUGCCGAUACCGGUGAACUCCGAACUGCGAAACCUCUGGAUCGAGAAGCACUUCCCGAUUCAACCGGAGUUCUAACUUUGAUAGUUAAAGCACGCGAAGUAAUCGACGGAGUUCCAGGAUCUGAUAAUUUAACGGUUUCCACCGCGGAAGCCACCGUCACAAUCAAAGAUGUUAAUGAUGAACCACCAUCGUUCAAUCGAAGAGAGUAUAAUAUAGAAAUUCCUGAGAAUGUUCCGGACGGAACCCCGCUUCCUCACCUUGAUAUGACCGUCAAAGACCCAGAUGUGGGCCUGAACUCGGUAUUUUCACUGAGGCUAGAGGAUAUAACGGGAGCUUUUACCGUGGAGCCUGCAAUAGCUACCGGGAGCACUGCUGUCAAUAUCCGCGUAACGAAUGGAUCCCUUGAUUACGAAAAUCCUAAUCAACGAAAAUUUAUUAUCCUGGUAAUUGCGGAAGAGGUUCACACUGACCCGAAACUGUCCUCAACGGCAACGGUGACGGUCAGCAUCACAGAUGCUAAUGACAAUGCACCAUCAUUCAACAGCCCUACGUACACUGCACUAGUUUCUGAAACAGCUAUUCCUGGCACCCCGGUGACAACCAUUACUGCCAAAGAUCGCGAUAGUGGACAGUUUGGUACCGUGGGCAUAGUUUAUCAACUUCUUGGCCAAGGUGCUGAUCAUUUUGCAGUGGAUAACAAAACUGGAGCCAUAACAGUUGCUCCAUGCCCCACGCCUGGCACAGCACCAUGCUUAGAUUAUGAGACGCAAACUGAAUAUUUCCUCACAUACAAGGCAACCGAUGACGAUGGAAAGGGACAAACAACGAGCGUAUCUUUGCGUGUUGGUUUAACAGAUGCAAACGACAGCCCACCACAAUUUCUCCAGGAGAAAUAUCGUGCCGUCAUAGACGAAGGAGCCGAAAAAUUCGACCCAGAACUGAAAGUUCAAGCACGUGAUAAGGAUAAGACCUCGAAAAUUAGCUAUAGCAUCGUGGGAGGAAAUGAAAACAAUCUGUUUGCGGUCGAUCCAGAUACUGGAGAAGUAACGAUCGCAAAUAAAGGGCCACUCGACGUAACAAAUACAACACAUGAUUGGAUCGCUCUAUCGAUUCAAGCUAGCGAUAGCACAUUCACAGAUACGACGAUUGUUAAUAUUACCGUUCGUGAUGUGAAUAAUAAUGCACCACAGUUUGCUCAAGAUUUAUACACGGCUAGCAUACCAGAGAUUUCGCCCAUAGGAACUGUAAUUGAUGAAAUGGCAGCAACGGACGGCGAUAGCGGCGUUAAUGCGGAAUUGGUUUACAGAAUCCAGAAAGGUGCAUUCGAUGAUUUUACAAUCAAUAAUUCAACUGGAGUUGUCACUGUUUCGAAAAAACUCGAUUUCGACGAGAGAAAUACUUAUCACAUUGAAAUUAUUGCUCUGGACAAAGGUACACCGAGUUUAACUGGUACAACUACUUUGAUGGUCAACGUUGAAAACAGCAACGACAAGCCACCAUACUUUACCCCAGAAACUCAAAGAGCGGAAGUAACGGAAGACACAGCAGUAGGGACUGUUUUCGCAACUCUUAAGGCUCAUGAUCCCGACAGUGGAGAUGGAGAUGCUUUAAACUUCGCUGUCUCUGAACCCAUUACAGCCAUCGAUAGAAACGGCCAGCAAGUCCUCGAUAACACGACUUUCAGGGAGUUUUUUGCCGUCGAUAGAAAAACUGGGCAGGUUUCAGUAGUCAGGCCACUAGAUCGAGAUAUUGCAGCUACUGUUAGUUUAACAGUCGUUGUGACGGAUACAACAGCACCUACUCUACAACAAGGCAAAGGCACUCUGGUGAUCACAAUUAUUGACGUCAAUCAUUUGGCUCCGGAAUUCCCAAAGCCUUGGACUAAGGCAAACCCCCAAUAUAGCAUUGAAAUGCAGGAGGAACAGCCAACUGGCUCAGUUGUUGGAGCAUUUACAGCAACAGAUGCUGACAGCAACAUCGCAGGAUACGCUAUUGAACCGCCAAGUCCUUAUUUCACCAUAAACAACAUUACCGGCAUAGUUCGGACAACGCAAGUAAUUGACUACGAGGAAACGAAGCAAUUGAACUUCACAGUCGUGGCUUACGAUUCUGGUGUACCCCAGCUCUCUACGUCCGCCAAAAUAAUUGUAACGAUAAUAAAUGUCAAUGAUCAAGAUCCCAAAUUUGAAAAAGAAGCUUACAGUGCUUCUAUCAAGGAAAAUUCUCCUCCAGGUACUCACGUUACAGUAGUCAAAGCAACUGAUGGCGAUGAAGGAUUAUACGGGCAGGUCAGCUACAGUUUAGUCGGCGAUCACGCUGCAGAUUUUAAUAUUGGUCAUGAAACUGGUGAAAUUACUGUGGGUAGUGCCACAGUUCUAGAUCGUGAGAUGACACCAGAAGUGACUAUUAGAGUGAUGGCUAGUGAUGGUGCACCCGUAAAUACUAGGAGAACUGCAUCCGUUCCCGUACACAUCAAGCUUCUGGAUGUGAAUGAUAACCGGCCGAUAUUUUCACAACACGCAUACAGAGCAUCCGUGGCAGAAAAUCUACCGGUCAACCCCCCCGCUCCGAUUCUACAGGUCAGAGCAGCAGACCCAGAUGAAGGAGAAAAAGGAGAAGUCUAUUAUACUAUAAUAGCUGGGAAUGAGAACAAUUCUUUCGUCCUCAAUCCAGAAACUGGGAUCUUGUAUCCGGCAGCCGCGUUGUUGGGAAGAGCAGGAUCUUACAGGAUCAAAGUGGAGGCUAGAGACGGAGCUGGCCGUGGACCACAUAGCGAUCGUUGCUACAUCGAUGUCAGAGUGAUUCCAGUGAAUCAACACAAACCAGAAUUUAUCAUGCCCGAAUUACCAAAUGCUACUGUCGAGGUGCCAGAAAACGCAGGUGUGCCAAAUUAUCUAGUUAUGACGGUAAAGGCAUCCGAUAGAGAUCCCGGAGAGAAUGGAAGGGUCGGUUAUCAUUUAAAAGUUGGAAACAAAAACGUACAAGAGACUGAAGAAUUUGCCAUUGAUCAAGAAACCGGAGAAUUAAGAGCGAAAAUCAUUUUGGAUCGAGAGAUCAAGAAUAAAUUUGAGCUUGUACUCGUAGCAGCGGAUCAUGGUAGCCCAACAACAUACGAAACCCUACGUCUUCUGACCGUAUUAUUGGUUGAUACAAACGAUAAUGUCCCAGAAUUUUCUGAUGAGAAUAAUUACAAGUUCCAUGUAAUGGAAAAUCGUCCAAAAGAUUAUCUAAUCGGAAAAGUAGUAGCUGAUGAUAAAGAUGAAGGAAGGCAUGCCAGAGUUUAUUAUUACAUCUUAUCAGGAAAUGAAGACAACGCUUUUUACAUGGAUAAAUCUGACGGUAGCAUCUAUUCAAACAAAUCGUUCGAUCGGGAAAAGAGAGAUACCUAUGUACUGUCAAUUCUUGCUGCAAAUGAUCCGGACAUAUAUGCUGGGCCACAUGAAGCUGCCCAUUUAAUGACACAUCCUGCGUACGGCCACGUUAACGUGACAAUAAACAUUCUUGACGAAAAUGAUAAUCCUCCCGUAUUUGAAAGAGAAAACUAUUAUUCUGGCAUCAACACAAUGGCCAAUAUAAAUGACUUCGUCGCAAAAGUAACAGCUUCAGACCCUGACUUGGGAGAAAAUGGAACCUUGUUUUAUUACAUUGCAAGUGCAAACCUGUACAAAUUUGGCUCAGAAAAACCGAGCGGAUCAAUUGUGCCAAGUCCUUUCAAUGUAACGCAAGAUGGAAAGGUAGUUACAAGCGGGUACAUGGCCGAAUAUAAUCAAGAUAGAUUUAUUGUUGAAGUCAUAGCGAAAGAAACUACUGCACCAGAAAGAUAUGCACGAACUCGAGUUCACGUAUGGGUAUUUGAACCAGCGCAGCUUAUUCGGGUGAUUCUUUCAAGACCCCCUGAGGAAGUUAAUCGGGAAAAAGACGAGAUUGUAGCCCAAUUAUCAAAUGCGACCCAAAGCAGAGUCGUUGUCGAUGAUAUUAAAUAUCACGUUGAUGCUUCUGGACAUAUCCGCAGAGAAUGGUGUGAUAUGUACUUGCAUGUAGUAGAUACAUCGCAAGGCAUAGCUGCUAUCCCAGAUGUUUUGAAAGUCAUCGAUGCUAAGUAUGAUUCACUACAAGAAUACUACGCUGGUUUUGCAAUUGAAAAUGUUGUGCCUGCUUACGUCGGAAUACAGGAAGAGCCAUUUGAUCCAGCGCUAGCUGCUCUGAUCGCUCUAUUAGUCGUUCUUGUGGUUGGGGCUGUUACCGUCAUUGUUGUAUGCUGCUGUCUGAGGCACUGGGUGAUAAGCGUACCUAAUGACCUACGUAAAAAGGAUGCUUUAAUCAAAAAGCAAAUCAUCGAUGAACUGAAUACUACUGAGAACCCAUUAUGGAUUGAACAAAAGCUCAAACUCUAUGAAGAACAGGAACUGACAAUGCAAGUGUUCAGUGAACCAGAGGGUGGUUUAGGCACAGAAAGGCGGGGCAGUGGAGUCAGCACGGGAAUGGGAGACAUGUCCCAAGAUAAUACCUAUGCAACAAUCCAACAUCCAUUGCCACCUAACAGGCAUCGACCCACUACACCAGACUAUACAACUCUACCUGGUAAUCACAAUUUAUAUGAAUCAGCAAUGGGAUUCCAAGGUUCUACAUUUCAACCAACACCAACUCCUCAACUAACGUUAGAUCGUGACGGUCAACCACAGUUUGUAUCAGGACUCAUGUAAACUCAAAUAUUCACUACAACAACCCUUCCCAUCCUUCUCCAUCCAAUGUAAGAAUCUGAUUGAGUUUCAAUAUUACAUGCGUUUCAGGUACAUAAUUUUGACAAUAACUGGGUAUUAAUACCAUGUAUUUACAUAUAAGAAUUGUGUAAACAAGGCAGCAGCUGUAAUCUUUUGAAAAUGUCUUCUGUCAACCGUAUUUAUGAUGGCAGCAAUCUUCGAAGUAAAAAGACAGAGAUAGUUCGAUAUCAUUGUAUGUGAUAUUGAAUUCGGCAAUAUUUCUCAUAGUAUGAAAACUUUUCAUUUGAAAUUAUGUACUUUCAGAAUCUAGAUUUACAUUGCAGUCAUCCAACUUUUGUGUUCCAUUUGUAUAAGCCUCUUCAAAGUUUACACGAUGUAGUUGGAAAUUGCAUAAAAUAUCGAAACUUCUCAGACAGUCGUAUAAAACGUAAGAUAUAUUAAUGGGUGAACAUUAAAUAUAGCCGGUGUGUGGAUGUAUAUAUGUGUGUUGCCAACCUGGGGUCCGAUCUACUUCGACUUAAUAAUAAAAUAAUAGGGAGCUACUGUGAAAUAGCUGGUUGACUGAAGCUUGGCACGACAGAUAUAUGUAUAUAAUUCAGUGUGUAGAUUCCGUCUGGCCCAAUUUUUAAUGUUACACCACAAGUUUUUGUUUCUAUUCAAAUUCAGUAAAGUAACUGUACCUUGUUGCGAUCGUGGCUGUGUUAUUCAAAGUCGAUAGCUCGACAAUGGUAUAAUAAUUUAAGUACCUAAUUAUUUAUUCAUACUAUUAAAUUACAAUUAGCCAAAAGAGUUGGAAUUACGCACAUAAUUCGCGCGUCUACACCAUGAUUAUCAAAAAACAGCUAUCAUGACAGAAGGCACUUUAAUGAUUUGCAAAAUCUCAAAUACGUAUUACCAACAAAGCAUAUGAUAGCAAAAAAAGUUUAAUUCCGAUAUUUUUUAAAAUUUUGAGCUAUCAACUAAGAAAGGUUGUCUUCUGUUGAAAUUUGGCUUUGUGGUACCUAGAAUCAGUAGUCUUUACAGAAAGGCUUAGCCUAACAAGCAAUUCCACUUUGCGUCCAUUAAUUUAAAAACACUUAACACUGCCCAAUUGAUUUCCUGCAUGAAUAUAAGGCAGUUAAGCUUCUCCUUAAAAAUAUUUUAUAAUGUUAUAAAAUAAUUAUUGUGUGAUCACUUGAAGGAAAGUUGCAUGAUUAAUCACAUUCCAGUAUUAUAAUAUUUUGAUCGCAAUGAGGUUCAUUUAUAAUUUUUACGUCUUGUAAUCGAGUGAAUGAUGGGCAAUAGACGGACAUAGUCAUAUCAUAUUUAAACGGAACGAGAAAUCAUUUGUAAUAAUAUGUAAAGCUUACAGCUACGUUACGAAGUUCCACAAAAAUAAGGACGAUAAUGUCAAGCCAAUUUUUUACGUUUAACAUAUUUUAUAUAGUAUGAUUGUUUCGUGGGGCAAAAUAUUCUAUAAGCUUUAUUACUUGUUACAUACUUUUCAAAUGUAUCUCAUACUCGAAGAAAAAAAACUCAAAUCUCAUAAGUUAUUACCAAGAAUGUUUAUUACAAUAAUAUUAAGCUAUUAUUGAUUAUAAUAUUGUUAGAACGUUAUGAUUAUUCUAGUUAGUCAGGUACUAUCUGUUUAUCGAUCGUAAACUGAUUGUAAUAUUGUAACAUAUUUUACGUAAGUGAUUAAUAAGAAAUAUUCGUACUUGUAA